AUCCCAAAGCCACGGGGGAAGCUUCCGUCUGGAGGAGAUUUAUUCGGAGACGACGACAGCGAGGACGGUCUCUUCAGCCCCGCGCCAACGAAGCCGCUGAAAUCCACCGGCCCCGCGGCAAGUAGACCUAAAGAGCCCUCGCCUCGGAUCGGAAAGUUACAAGCAAGUCUGGAUAUUAACCCAGCAGCUUUGCUGCCCGGCGAGACUCGGAAGCCUCCCCCGCCACACCUGGAGCCCCCCGGGGUACAGCACGCUCAGACGGCCCCCGCUCCGGGGAACAGCAAAGAGACGGGAGUCAGCUUCGAUCAUCCCGUGCAAGCGGACACUUUGCACAACGCAAACAAGAGCAGAAUCAAAAUGACGAAGAAACGUCGGCCGCCCACCAGAACCGCCAGGCGAUUGGCCGCCCAGAAGUCCAGCGAGAACGAAGGGAGUGAUGCCGAAGACGCCCCGCCGAUCCUCUCGACCUCUGUGCCACCGGUGACCCUGGGUACCACGGGAGCCAAUGAGAAGGUGCCAUUGCCUCGGUCGGCCAGCAACAGCGACCAGCCGCGUAAGACAGUCGAGGGCCCUGUCUCAAAGCCAACAGCCCCGCCCGAUGCAGACGAUCUCUUCGAGUCUGGCGACCUCUUUGAAGAUGCUGGAGGAUCUAAAGUGACCUCAAAGCCGAAGGUCAAGUCGGAAGCUGAGAGUCCGGCUAGCCACGCCCCUAAAGAAGGGGAGGGGCGGCCUGCUCCGUCGCCGCCCAGUGAUUCAAAUUGCGAAGACCUCUUCAAGCCUGUGAAGCCCUCGAAGAAAUCCAGCCCUGUGUCUUUCCUGGACAGCCAAGGCGACCUCUUCAGCAGUAAAAAACCUCUCAAAAGGAAAGCUGCCAAACCGGCUCCUCCGUCAGAUGCGGAUCCUACGGUCAAAGAUAUUUUUGAGGAUGAUAUCUUUUCCUCUGAAGCUGUUAAGCUACCACCUGUCAAAGCAAAAGAUCUGGAAGCCAACUUGUUUGACGACGAUGUCGACAUUUUCGCCGAUCUUGCCGUAAAACCGAAAGAGAGGAGCGCCAAGAAGAAGGUGGAAGCGAAAUCCAUAUUUGAUGAGGACAUGGAUGACAUCUUCAUGCCUAAUAGCCAGUCCAAGUCACAGACCAAAAAGACCCAACCUGUUCAGAUGCCUUCAGGAGCUAAAUCCGAGCCCAGAGCUUCAAGUACUUUUGAGGACCCGCUGAAUGCGUUCGAAGGCCAAUGAAGAUGUGGUUAAUGUCUCUUCUGCAAAUAUACUGAUCCUGCUCGGCAGUAAUGCCUUUUGCUUUUUAAUCAACCGAUACGAUGGGACCGUGAAUAUUCCUAGCCUGUCUCCUCACCUGGCAACCCAAAUCGGAGAUAACACGAUGAGCAUUACAAAAGCAAUCUCCAGCGAUACCAUUUCGCCAGGUGGUUUGAAUUCAUUAGCUUGUCCAGUCCUGUGCUGGUGUAAUCUGUUGUACAGAGUAAAGAUUCUAUUGUUCAAAGCUACCAAACCAGUCUCUGGUACUGGUAAAUAGCAAUUGUGA